AUGAGCAGAACGAGGUGGAUUUUGGAUAGAACCGAAGAUCUUGAGCUCAGACUGGCACCGUCAUUCAUGUCAAAAGGAGGGACGCUGACGAACAAUUUAUUUAGGAGUUAUCCUCCCAAUAUCAUAAUACUUGACGAUGAUGAUGAUCACGCUGAAGAGGAGGAUAGGCAGAUAUACUCUUCAGAGCUUUCUGGGCCGGUGAACUCUGAUGGCAUAUUUUUCUCUGGUGUCUUAUCUUAUGCCUAUCUUCAUGACUUCUAAUUUUAAAUCGAAUAUAUAUUGCAUCUCAUAUUUUAUACAGACAAGAAAUCUCCUUCAUUAUUCAAGCUCAUGGGCGCCUGAACUUUCAGAGCAGGACUUGGAACUUCGGCUUGGGCUUGGAGGUGAAAUGAUAUAGCCAUUACUUCCUUUUAAUCUUGUUCCAUGCUGAGAUAUUCCUAUUUAUCCUUGCAAUGUACAUUCUUAAAUUUCAGUAAUGUUUUUUGCAUUGCCUCUUGGUUGUAUUAUGCAUAUGUCUGAUUCAUCAAACAUCUCCGUCUGGUACUUUCUCCUUGAAAGCAUUUCUUUAUGAAAAAGAAACUAACAAUUUCUCUUCUGCAUCUUUAUGGGUAAAGUGAUAAACGUCCGUUCAAUUAUUUUUUUAUAAUGUUUAAAGUUGGAUUUUAAAUAAAGGUCUAUGGUUUCAUAUUUGAUAAUGGUAGAUUCAUGCACUCAUUUAUUGCACUCAUUUCUUAAUCUAGCUUCAGUGGGGAGCCGCAAAAAUUAUGAUAACACAGCUUUUUAGCAAGGGCUUCCUAUCUGAAAAAUUUAUUGAAUUUUACGUUGGAGUGCCUGAAGCUUUAUAGUGAGUGAAUCAGAAGAUGUUUAUACUGUAAUUGUUAUGAUAUUAGCCACCUAGGGUUUUGAGAGUUGAUGGUUUGUAUCUUCAUUUCCCCAAUAACCUUUCGAACAUAGUAACUGGACAUUAGCUUGAAAGUACUAUUGCUAUUCACCGUUUUCUCUAGUCCUUAUCUAACCAAUUGCCAUAUGGUUUGAUUGCUGGGGGCACAAGCAUCUGUCUUUUUCCAGAGAAACAUUCUAGGUAUUGAAAUUUAAACCUGUAUUUGCAGUUUUUUUAAAACGCAUUAUGAAAAAAAAUUAAGUUUCUAUAAUCAUCAUGACAAUUCCAAAUCUCAUCGCUAAUGAUGGACUAAGAUUUUGAGUAUGAAGAUUUCACAUUUUCCCAUUGAAGUUUAUCCUUUCCUGCCAACUUGACAUCGACCUCUUAUUUGUAUGAAGAAAACGAAUGGCGUUGAAUUAUGCUAAAGAUCUACAUGUACCGAUUCGCUGAGAUGUAUAAAAUGGCAUCCCUGAUAUCAAAAGUUUGUACCAUGUUAUUAUGAAAUCAUUAAACCAUGCAUAAAUGAUAAAUCUAAAAGAGAAUAACUGCGCCAGAAAUUUUUCAUUACUUAUGGGUGCUAUAUUUUUCUUUAUAUCCUACGAUAUUUUCAUAUGGACUUCCUGAAAAAAGAAGGCUUAGACGACCAGAAAAGUACCCUCUUCCUGAAUUUUUAUUUUUUCAUUAUUUUAGAUUUAGCCGCACAGAUUUGUGAACAGAUUUUCGUUCUUUCCUGAAUUUUUUUAUGAAAGACUAGAAUGACAUUUCUGUAUUAUUAUUAUUUUCAGCAGCUUACUUGCGGUACCCUCAAGAGUCAAAUGGUGGAACCAAGAUAUCUGAAAGGACUAGAGAUCCAUAUGCUGGAAAAUAUGGCAAGGUAUACUCAUCUAUCUCCUGCAAAUGGUUUCAACUGAGUGCAUCCUUUUUAGAAGGGGAAAUGUCAAAAUAUGGAAAACAGGUUUGUGUCCAGACAAUCGAAUAUAAAGAUUCAGGAUCAGUUCUUGCCUUCACAUUACACCCCAUUUACUUAUUUAUUGGCUAUUUCAUGCCUAAGUAUCCUAGUACUGAGCCCGGUUAAAAAGUGGUCGCAUUAAAUCCCUUAUACUCUACCCCACUGCCACAUUUUCCUAUGCACACCUGUUCUCCGAUAAGUGAAAAAACCGACCCCGGAGAAGAAAUUCAUGCCAGACUUUGUAAUCUGAUGGUCAAAUUCGUUAUUGAUGCAAGGUAUUCAGAUAUUCUUGCCGAUUUAUGUCUAGCAACUUGGAGGAGCAGGGUGCCCUUCCUCUCUUAGAACACUCCUACAGUGGACACAAAAAAUAAAAUAAAUAAUGUGAUCAUGUAGAAGGGGCCAAACUUGAACACGCCAAAGCUCACCAUCAGGGCCUCUGGUUGCUUCAAACGCAAUCCCCACUGCUCGAGCAGCAACUGAUAGGUUUCCAUUUUUACAGAUCAACCCAAGCUUCUUCACUCAGCUACUGCUGCCUCUACGAAGGGCCAUAGCUUCUCUUUUCACACCUUCCUGUUGUUGUGUGUGGCAGAAACUCAAGCCAAAGCCAGGCAGCUGCUGUGCCGCCCCUUACGGAGAGGAGGUGAAGCUGAGAUGCGCCAUCUGCAUGGACACCAUGAAGGAGGAGACCUCAACCAUCUGCGGCCAUGUCUUCUGCCGGCCCUGCAUCACCACCGCCGUCCUCUCUCAGAAGAAGUGCCCAGCCUGCCGAAUGAAGCUCUCUCUCCAACACAUCCACCGCAUAUACCUCCCUGGCUCCAACCCCUGA